UGGAGAGGUGGAAGCUUACAAGUUUCGAUUUCAUAGCACUGUAUGUGCAGUAAGAAUUAUGACGACAGGUAAAAGAGCACCAUGGUAUCUCGUCAAAUGCUUGCCCCACGUUCACAAUUCUAGUAAGCAUGCUGCUAAAGUCGCGAUUCCGAUUGGCUAGGAGCUUUCAUCGCGUUGCACACAUCGCAAACGGCCUUCCCAUUGUGCGAUACAUUCCCAAUCUCUAUACUAAUAUUAGUGACUCAACCAUUUCGAUUUUAUAUAAACAAGGAGGUUUCAUACUUCAACACCAAGUCAAUCAGUCCAAAAUACAACAUCCAUCAGGAAAAACCAAUACGUUACGGAAUCGGACUUCGUAAACUUACACCCUUCUCUCAAUCGCACGCACAAAGCCCCGCUCCAGAUUCACCCAAAUCACCUUGCGACAAUUAUCCAUCAACACGUCUGGCAGACCAAGACCGGACUUUCUUCACUUUUCUCAUCUUUCAGGAGUCUUCCUCCGCUUCAUACGCCUUUAAAAACGCCGUGUCCCUUUGAGGUCACAGCUAGGUGUUCAUUGAAGUGACCGGAAGGUAUCCUUCUUGCCACUUCUAUUCACACAUGAGUAAUCUCCUUUGGAAAUAUUAUCUCGAAGAUGACGUCGAUAAAUUUCGACGCCUACUGGCAAAUACUGCCUAUUCAUCGCAGCAUACACUGAAAAGUCAUGGUGGAGGAGGGCCGGCAUUCUCCAGCAGCUUUGGAAAUAAAAUAGGGAGUUCAGGCGGAUUUGGAACAUCACCAAAGACUUUCGGCAAGAACCGCAAAGCACUUGGUCUAGCUGGAAACACAAAUGGGAAUAAAGGUCAGGGAAAUGCGAUCAGCAGGGCAGAGUUGAAUAGCAGAGAUUAUGCUGGGUUAACAGUCUUGCACCGAGCUGCAUCUUCGACAUCUGCGAAUGCAAUAAUCUUUGCAACCUCUCUUCUCGAACAUCAUUCCAUCGACCUCUAUAUACAAGAUACAGAAAGUGGGUGGACAGCAUUGCAUAGGGCUUUAUAUUUCGGCAACGUCACAAUUGCUCGAGCAAUUAUUGAACGAGACUCAAAGGAUCGCGCCGCUGGAAAUACAGGAGCUAAGCCGGACUCUUCAGUUAUCAAGGUCAAGGAUAGGGAGGGAAACACCCCGUUUGAUGUAUACAAUGCGACUAUUGCAAGGCGAUCUCUGCUAGACCGAGGAGAGCAGGGAGUACCUCACCGUUCAGAUGAUGAUUCUGAUGAGGAGUUACUCGAUUCGCCGUCGAGCGAAUCGUCAAAGUUCAAAAGUAUCGAUGGUGACGAACUUUAUGCAUUUGGUAGUAACAAGAACUUUUCAUUGGGUUUCGGUGAUCAGGAUGAUCGUCAGUAUCCGGAGAAGAUAACGCUUAAACGUCCUGACCAUUUACUUUUUCGAUUUUAUCAGGAAUACCUGGACUUUGUUCAUGAUCAUAACCCUAUUGGAAACCCGAAAAUGCCCAAGACAGUAUCUGAACUCCCUUCCAUGAUUCAAAAUAAACCUAUCAUCAUACAAGAUGUUGCUUUGUCCAAACUUAGUAGCGCUGUAUUGACCACAGAUCCAGAAUCAAAUCUUUACAUGUGUGGUUUCGGUCCUGGAGGUAGAUUAGGCAUGGGAGAUGAAACCACUCGUUUCAAUUAUGUGCCAAUAGACCAAGGCGGUUUGGCAGGAAAGAAGGUCGUCACUGUUGCCCUAGGCCAAAAUCACACCCUUGCCGUCUCACCGGAAGGAGAAAUUUUCAGUUGGGGUACAAAUACUUGGGGUCAAUUAGGCUACAAUCUACCUCGACCUGCGCUGAAGGAUGAAGAACCACUUUGUACAACCCCGCGCCAGAUAUUCGGACCUCUGAAAAGAGAAAUCAUUGUUGGCAUAGCUGCAUCUGCUAUUCAUUCAGUGGCCCACACAUCUACCUCGCUAUUUUGCUGGGGCAAAAAUGAGGGACAACUGGGUCUUAUGGAUUCUGACUCACGAUCUUUGGAAGCUCAACCAAUACCUCGCAGAGUUGCGGCGUCUUUAUUCAAGUCAUCAAUUGUAAAAGUUUCAGCCAUUAGUGGUGCAACUAUAUGCCUCUUGGCAAACCAUACAGUCUGUGUUUUCACGAAUUAUGGCUACAAUAUGGUCAAGUUUCCGUUAUAUGAGGGCUUCACAAACUAUCAUUUACAAAGUACUUCGCUCAUGACUCGAUAUGACUCGGGGUCAAAUAACAUCACUACUAUCGAGUCUGGCGGAGAUACAAUUGCGGCUAUAUCUGGUAGAGGAGACUUGUUUACCUUCAACGUAAGGAAAAUUGAUACAAAAGCUGCGGCCGCUUCUACAACGAAUCCUUCGAAAAUCAAAGAUGCUUUAUCACAACCGCAGCGAGUCUGGUCACUCCGCAAGGGUAAUUGGGAUGGAAUCAAAUCUGUUGGUGUCGCCGAGAAUGGGUCCGUGAUAGUUUGUACUCAGGCUGGAGCGGUUUGGCGACGCAUCAAAAGAGCUAAGAAUAAGGAUGCUUUCACCGGGAUCAGUGGUUACGACCGGAAGGAUUUCAAAUUUCAGCGGGUCCCCGGACUUACUAAAGUAGCUGCUGUCAGAAGCAAUCCUUUUGGUGUAUUUGCCGCCAUCCGCAAGGACUGCGAUGUGACUAGGACUCAAGUUGCAGUUGAAGAUAAGACAUUGUGGGAUGAUAUUGCACCUUUGCUAAGUAUUCGAGAUCUUGUGGCUUCAGAGCAUCCAGUUGAAAGUCUACUAAACCCUCGUCUGGCAAACUUGGACAUUGAAUAUGGCCCUGUCCUCGCAGCACUGAUCAUGUCUCCGGACAUUGAGGGAGAUGUUCAGGGCUUGCUCAUGGGUUUGGAUUCUGAGACUGGUGGUUAUGAUGUUGAUAUAUGUUCCAGUACAUCUGAUAUCGCAAUACCUGUCCAUGGCUUCAUGCUAGCAGCUAGAUCAUCUGUCUUGAGAUCACUUUUAGCCGAAUCUCAUGCCAAUGGAACCACAUCACUGUCUGAUAUCCUCAACAUUGAAAAUGGUACAGGUGGUAAGAAGAGAAUUACCUUCAACGGCCUAGAUUUUAUCACGCUUGUCAAUUUUGCUAUCUUCCUCUACAUUGACAAAAUUGCUGAUGUUUGGGCCUUCGCAAACUACUUCCCAAACAUGGCUUUCAGACUAAGGCAGGUCAGGAUUGAAAUCAUGAAGCUUGGUUCUCAUUUAAAUAUUCCCUACCUAACUCAACCUGGACUUGUCAGGCGCCCGUCAGACAAAUUGAACUCUGACAUGGACAACGCUAUUACAGACGAGAAAUUCUUCGAUAAUUGUGAUGCUAUAGUUGAGUUGGAUGGAGGAGAAAUGCCCAUUCACAGUGUGCUUGCAUGUCAACGGUGUCCUUUCUUCGAUGGUCUAUUUAAUGGUAGAUCAGGGGGUCAAUGGCUUGCUGGUAGACGUGCAAAAAACACAGAUCCGAUUAGAAUCGAUUUGAAGCAUAUUUCGCCUGAAACCUUCGAAAUGGUAUUGCGUUAUAUAUAUGCAGAUGUUGGACCUGAGCUUUUUGAUGAUAUCGUCUCCACUGAUAUUGAUGAGUUCUCGGAAAUUGUUAUGGAAGUCAUGAGUGUUGCGAAUGAGUUGAUGAUUGAUAGAUUGUCUCAGAUCUGUCAACAGGUGUUGGGUCGUUUCGGUAUGUUCUUCCCGCAAAGUGUUUCACAGAUUCUGUUAGAAGUUAUACUGACAUCAUGAAGUCAACACUCGAAACGUAUGCAAUAUUAUCAAUGCUGUGGCACCUUGUUCAAUCACCGAACUUAAAGAUGCUGGCCUUGAGUAUAUGUGCCUGCAGCUGGAGGCUAUGCUUGAGAAUCAGUAAGUCUAUUCUCCAAACUUUGAUGGUUCGGAUCAUCAUAGUAUCCAGUAGUACACUUUGCUAAUAUAAAGUAGUUUACUUGAUGAUCUUGAUGAGGACCUUCUCCUUGAAUUAGAUGAAGUCGUGCGCGACAAUCAACUGAAUUGUCUCCCGUUCGCUAAAAGUGGACGAGCUGAUCUAGAUUUGCACGAGAAAUAUCCUGAAUUGGUGGAGGACAUUGAUGAGGAAAGACGUCGCAGACUAGGAGAUAUGAUCUUCCGUGCGCAUCUAAGAGAUGAUGAUAGUCGAAUAUCUUCAUCGUUUAAGGCACGUAUGGGGAGUCUUGAUGAUAAUUUACACUCUCCCAGUAAUGAUAAAGCUAGGAGGAAAUCAAGGGUGGUCAAGAAUGAACCAUUCAGCCCCAGUAUACGUCCUAAGGAUGCAGCGGCUGAUCUUAUGUUCGAUAUGGAUGACGAUGAAGAGCCUGGAAGUCCACCUGAACUGAACUUGACUAACGAUCUGACUUCUGCUUCUCCUGGUGGUCCAGUAACUCCGAGGUUCCCUACAACUAGUUCGGCGCCUAAGGUUUUCGAGUCAGGAUCUCCCACGGAUUUUCGACAUUCUGUCGGACUAGGAAUCAAUCACAAUCCAGAUACCCCUCAAUCUGGAAAUAAAACAUGGUCUUCUCCUAAUCUUUUAGUAAAGUUGGACAUGAAAGAUAUUAUGGCCCAGGCAUCAACGAACCGUACUUCCAAUUUAUCAAUGAAUCUCUCGGCUCAAAAGGCCAAGGAUGAAGCAAAUGCCAAAUCAUCUACUCCAAAACUUUCACAGAAGGAACGUAAGAAGCAACAGGCAGCACUUCAACAAGCAAUUGCACAAACUCCGACAGACAAGGGUAAAGACAAGGCAUCUUCUCCUUGGCAAAUCGCGGGUGUGGGUUCAAAAACGAACCUCAAGGAUAUUCUUGAUAAGGAUAACAAAUCUUCACCAUCAUCCUUAGCACCAAACUCAACAAUCUCACCAGUGAUCUCACCUGCAAGUACUACUUCAACUACGCGGCGAGUCACGGCGCCAGAUACUCGAUUUGCUGGUCAAAAAAGGAAUGAUAAUAACAGCAUCACGAAAGCACAAAGACCUUCACCUGGCCCAUCAAGGCCAAGAAUGUUAACACCAAGCAAAUCUACUCCACUUAUUCCUCAUUCAAAAUCAUAUACAGCACCAGCAGCGAAAGCGGAACCGUCACUCCAGUUAUCCAUGGCUGAUAUCAUAGGAAUGCAACAAAGGGAGCAAGAAGUGAUUAAAGAAGCAGUUGCAAAGCGAAGUCUCCAAGAAAUUCAAGAAGAACAAGCAUUCCAAGAAUGGUGGGAUCAAGAAAGUAAAAGGGCCCAAGAGGAAGAAGCUUUGAGGGCAAAGGCUUCUACCGAUGGAGUUAGUAGAGGUGGUGGUAAGUCUGGCGGCGGUAGAGGAAAGGGUGGAUCGAGAGGGAGAGGUGGAAGGGGAAGAGGUGGUGGGGAAUCUCUUAGGGGUGGUGGUGGAAGGGGAAGAGGAAAAUCUCAGGGAAAAAGUACUGGUGCGAAUUGAUUUCGUGAUCGUAAUUUUUAUUCAUUUCAUUGUAAUUAUACGCACAUUUUAACGCGCGAGAAAUGGGUAUAAGAUAUAUCCCGCUGCAUGGCAUGGCAUUAGCAGACGUACAUACAUUUAUAUAUUUGCAAUAUGAACAAAUGUUCAUUCAUUGUAUUAGAUAUUGACAUCAAUGUUGGAGAUUAGAGUUUGAGGGAUAAGAAAUAAGAAACAAGAAAUAGAGA